AUGGAGGAGGGCCCGCCGCGUCCUCCUCCGGACGAUGAAGGCGCAGUGAACGACGCCGAGGAGGGGCCGCCGCGACCAGACGACCUGGACGAUGUGGAGGCUGGCCCGGAGCUUCCGAGACCCAAGAAGCGUCGCAUCCUCCCCUUCGAGCAGCAGUAUCUCGACGCACUCCCCAGCGCUGCCAUGUACGAAAAGUCCUACAUGCACCGGGACACGAUGACGCACGUCGCGGUGGUGCAGAACCAGGGCUUCAUCAUCACGGGCUCCAUCGACGGCCACAUCAAGUUCUGGAAGAAGCAGCAAGGAGGCAUCGAGUUCGCGAAGCACUUCAAGGCGCACGUCGGGCCCGUGGACGGCAUCGCUGUAUCGCCUGACGGCGAGCUGUGUGCGUCUGUUUCCCGGGACCGCACCGUCAAGGUGUUCGACGUGGGCACGUUCGACAUGAUCUCGAUGACGAAGCUGCCGUUCCUGCCGCGGUGCGCCGAGUGGUGCCACCUCCGGGGCGACCCCCGGGCGCGCCUGGCUGUGUCGGACGACGCGACGGGGCGCGUGGUGGUGCUGGACGGGCGCGAGGCGUCGGCGGAGGCGCCGCUGCUGGACGUGGAGGCGGGGUCGCUGCACCGGGCGCCCGUGACGGCGAUGCGGUUCAACGCGGCGCGCGGGGCGGUGGUGUCGACCGACGAGAAGGGGCUGGUCGAGUAUUGGGAUCCGAAGACUGGCGAGGCCGCGGAAGAAGGACUCAAAUUCAAGAGGAAGAUCGAGACGGAUUUGUUCGCCAUGGCCAAGGUGAAGACGAGCGCGUGCUCGAUGGAUGUCUCGAAGAGCGGGGACCUGUUCGUGUGCAUGUGCGCCGACAGACGCGUCAGGGUGUUCCAGUAUGACACCGGGAAGCUCAAACGCGCCUACGACGAGUCGCUGCAGGCCGCGCAGGACGUGCAGCAGUCCGGAGCGGAGACGUUCCACCUCGAGGACAUGGACUUCGGGCGCCGCGCGGCUGUCGAGAAGGAGCUGACGGCGCGGCAGGCGGCCGGCUGGAAGGAGGCCCCGCUUGGCAACGCCGUGUUCGACGAGUCGGGGCAUUUCGUCAUCUACGCCACGCUGCUGGGUAUCAAGGUCGUCAACAUCGUCUCCAACAAGGUGUCGCGCGUGCUAGGCAAGGUGGAGAACACGGAGCGGUUCGUGCGCGUCGCGCUGUACCAGGGGAAUCCGGGGCAGGCGAGCAAGCGGCAGAAGCUGUCGAAGCUCACCGCGGACACGAAGCUCUCGGGGCCUGACCCUGUUGUAGUUGCCACGUCAUACAAGAAGGAUAGGUUCUACCUCUUCACGACGCGGGAGCCCGAGGACAACGAGACCGCCGCGCUCGGCCGCGACGUGUUCAACGAGAAGCCGAAGGAGGAGCUCGACAUCGGCACCGAGCGCGCGGCGGUGUCGGGCGCGCUGCUCCCGCGCGGGGCCGUCAUGCACACAACCCUGGGGGACAUUUGGCUGCGCCUGUUCCCGGAGGAGUGCCCGCGCACGGUCGAGAACUUCACGACGCACGCGAAGAACGGGUACUACAACGGCCUCAUCUUCCACCGCGUCAUCAAGGGCUUCAUGGCGCAGACAGGGGACCCCCUGGGCGACGGCACGGGGGGGACUUCCAUCUGGGGGGGGGAGUUCGAGGACGAGUUCGACUCGAGCCUGCGGCACGACCGCGCGGGAACGCUAUCGAUGGCGAACAGCGGGCCGAACACGAACGGGAGUCAGUUUUUCAUCACCACGGUGCCGACGCCGUGGUUGGAUAACAAGCACACGGUGUUCGGGCGGGUGGUGCGCGGGAUGGACGUGGUGCGGAUCAUCGAGAAGGUCAAGACGGACAAGGAGGACAAGCCGCUCGAGGACGUGCAGAUCGUGGACAUCGGCGUCAAGGAGCACCUCGACGAAAAGGAACUAGUGCAGUGA